GUCGGUUUGGGAAUUGGAUUGGGUGAUGUUUUUAUAAUUAUUUAUGAACGCUUUUUGGGCGGCUUGGUUAAUAUCGCACGAUUUACAAACACUAGCCUUUCUUCUAGGGUACGAAACGAUGAAAUAUUAUUAAUAUUGCAACAAUUGAUUAAAUUGCGAUUUCGACGAAAUAUUUUAAAUGUCGGUGAUGAAGGAUCGACGUCAAAUCCCUUCAAGAAACAUAUCUUGUCCGGGUCGAUCGCUCAUCUAUUUUAUUUAUAUCCGAUUCUAUGCGAGGCAAUUUCUCUUCCGGAUGAGAAUAUAGUGACCUUACUGAAAGAAUGUUUGAGAAAAGUGGGAGAAGAGAUGGGC